CUUCAGUCUCAUGAAAGCAAACACUCCCUCCUUGAUUCCUCCCUCUCCAAUUAUAUUUCUUUAGCUGCUUUACCUCAUUUAAGCAGCUGUCAAUUCUAUUCUUCUUCUUCUAAACUUCUUCUCCAUGCACUCUCUUCUUCUCUUCACUUCUUCUUCUCCUUUUCUCUUUCGCCAUGGCCACCAAGUUCCCACAGAUCUUUAGUAUUAUUCUCUCGCUCUCUCUUUUUCUUUUUCUUCUAUUCUUUCAUAGCUUCAACUCCAUUUAUGUUUUUCAUCACAACACUUUGACCAACACCAAAGUUUCUGCACCUUCCAAAUUCGACUUCACUCCAUUUCUCUCCCACCACCACCACAACAACCACAACCACAGACACCACCGGAAACACUUGCCCUCGAAGCCGAAAACGGCCGGAGAAGACGUCAUCGACCCGCUAUACGGCGUAGAAAAACGGCUAGUUCCAACCGGGCCUAACCCGUUACACCAUUGAGAUAUAUAUAUAUAGAGAGAGAGGUUUUUAAUUCUUCUUCGAUCAUCAUCACUAAGUGCUGUAACUUUGUUCAAAGUGUUCAUGUAUUAAUUUUUGCAAUUAUUAUAUAUAUGAUUAUUUACCCUAAUCAUUCAUUUUUCUUCUCAUUAUUCAUCACCAGAAGAAAAGAAGAGAUCAUAAACAACGGCGUCGUCGUCCUGUAUGAUUAUAUUCCCAUACUUGUUUAGAGAUUGAUGAGAUAGCUUAGAUUCAUACUUUCAUUUGGAUCAAACUGUAUGUGUUAU